AUGCCUUGCUUUAAAUCCCCUGCUCUGCAAUCACCACCAGCGUCUCCAUUCAUGGUUCAAACUCUAUCAUCCUUGGUACCUGUGCAUGUACCACCUCCCACUGGUGUAUUUGCACCAUCCAUCAGCGCUAACAUUGCUGAGGAUUAUCUUGAUCUUGGUGUAUCUGCGCCAUCUGUCAGCGCUAACACUGCUGAGGAUGAUCUUGAUCUUGGCAUAUCUGUGCCAUCUGCCAUCACUAACAUCAUUUCAUCAUAUCACUUUUUAGGUGUAUCUGUGUCACCCCCCUACAAGGGUGACAUUGUUCAGGAGACUGACUCCAAGACCUUGAAUUCAAUUUAUAUAUUCUUGACGCCAUCUUUCACGCCCCAUUCAGACGUACAGUAUGUUGAAGUCUACGAGGACGAGCGACUAUAUGCGACAGUUGCCGAUGAAAUGGUGGAUGAAUGUAUGGUGUACUACCAUUGCGGUGUGUUGUAUAAUGUGCCAGCCAGGAGUGCUAAGGAUGGAGUCCAUCCUCCAUUCUUCAUUGUGACUUGUGGGCGCCACAUUGGGGUUUUCUGUGGAUGGCAGAGCUUAGCACCCAUGAUUGAAGGAAUUCGUCAUGCUGUAUAUGCUGAGGCCGACUCAAUCGAGGAAGGUGAGAGGGCAGUCAGGAGUGCAAUUGAAAGAGGGGACAUAGUUCGAUUCCAAUAG